GUGUUAGUGCUACUGCUACGCACACGCACUCGUAGCGAGUCAUAGCAUUCGUAACGUAGCUCAUAGCUGGCAGUCACUUUAACUCUAGUACAGCUACAGGCGGCGCGCUAGCCGUGUGACUUUCCUCGUCGAGAGAAAUGUCGUCGACGACGAUAAUUGUCGCGGCGGCGUUGGAGUAAACAUUGAAACAUGUCCGGGUCCGGACCGAAUGGUCGUACGCAGACACUCGGUCAACUCGGUGACAACGUUCGAACGGGUGCGGAAGUGGUUUGCGCGGUCUGUGACAAGACUGACAAGCUAUCGAGGUGUUCGCGCUGCAAAGUCGUUUUCUACUGCACGAAGGAGCAUCAAAGACGCGACUGGAAACGCCACCGGGAGUUUUGUGCGACUCAUCCCGCGGCCACCGUGCCUGCGGAGGAGCCGUUCUCUCUGCCUGCUGUUGCUACGAUUGCCACGAACGAGAGUUUGGAUCGCGAGAUCCCGUCCAAGCGGCAUCCCUCUGUCGGUAAUUGUAAAGCCCCGAAGGCGGUUGUUCCUAACCUAAACCUAAACAAGACCUCGGCCGCACCGCGGAGCUUGAACGUCAGUAACGUCACCUCGGAGUCUCGUCGGAACGUGAAGCAUCCAGCAGAUGCGAGUGUGCAAGAAGAAAACGAAUCGAGUCAACAAGAACGGAAAAGAAAUCAGAAUCUUAAGAAGAAAUCGAAUAGCGGAAAGGCAAGGAGCGCGAGAAAUAACAAAGCCGAUGGCUGGACGUCGCCUAUAACGUAUGAGGGAAGUUCAGAGGACAUUAUACUGGGAGCUCGAGCCGAGCUCCUAAAUCCAAUUUUAGAGAGUUCCAGGAUUUUCGAUAGUUUGAGCAACGCGGAUCUUGGCUCACCUGCUCAACAUCGUAACGGUAUGAAGAACUUGUCGGAGAUACAGGAUCAGGAAGAAGAUUUUUCACCUCCUUUUCUACAUAGGAACAGAAGUAAUCUCGAAGAACUUCUAGACAAAAUUUGUCAGUAUGUAAUAAGGGAUAUGGACAAGUACGGUGUAUGCGUGGUAGACAAAUUUUUAGGCAAGGAGAGGGGUCUUAAAGUGUUAAAUGAAGUGUUAAAUAUGUAUAGUGCCGGAUUAUUUCAAGAUGGACAAUUGGUUUCUAAUAAAGGUAGCGCAAAUGACUUAAAAACGAUACGUGGCGAUGAGAUAAUAUGGCUGGAUGGAAAAGAAGAACAAUGUGAAAAUAUUGGCACACUGAUAUCACAGGUCGAUGCAAUCAUUAUGAGAGCCAAUAAAAUGCACAAUAAUGGGAAAAUAGGAAAUUAUACAAUCAAUGGAAGAACAAAAGCGAUGGUAGCUUGUUAUCCUGGUCACGGUUCACAUUAUGUAAAACAUGUGGAUAAUCCUAACCGAGACGGACGUUGCAUCACAGCCAUUUAUUAUCUUAAUCGAGAUUGGGAUGUUAAGGAGAAUGGCGGACUUUUGAGGAUAUUUCCUGAAGGAUGGCGCGAUCAAGUAGCAAACAUAGAACCUUUGUUCGAUAGGAUAUUAUUUUUCUGGUCAGACAGACGAAAUCCGCAUGAAGUGCAACCAGCGUUCAAAACGAGAUAUGCCAUUACGCUUUGGUAUUUCGACGCCGAAGAAAGAAAUCAGGCUUGCCGAAGAUAUCAAAGAGAAAGAGAUCUACAUACGAAAAAUAAUGGUUCGUGAGA